AUGAUCGCUGGGCACCUAAUGCAACAGACGCUCGUUGUAGCCGGCAUAGCACUGAGCAGUGUAUCCGAUGGAUUCAUUUUUGGACAAAUGUCUGGAAUGUUAGACGCACUUCACAAUGGAAGGAGUACAAUUACGCUAACGGACGACGAUCUCUCCUGGAUAGCUUCGACAAUUAACGUCACUUGCUUUUGCGGUUUCGUACUAGUGGGAGUGGUGACGGAGAUAUUCGGGAGGAAGAGAUGCGUAACCGUCGCGACCAUUCCCGGCUUAAUAUCCUGGAUAUUGACGUACCUGGCUCAAGACAAAACCACUUUACUCAUUUCCAGAUUUCUAGCGGGAAUAUCGUACGGCGGAAUCCUAUUUAUCAGUUACAUUAACAUAGGGGAAUACAUGUCGCCGAGCAUUCGCUUCUUGUCUUUCAACAUGCUCGUCUGCGUUGGCUCUUUGUUGGGGACCAUGUUCGGGCACACGUUGAGCGUAUUGAUGGACUGGAGGCACGUCGCCCUCGUCGGAUUGAUCCCAUCUUUUCUAUCGGCAAUCAUACCUUGCUUCUGGGUAGAGAGCCCGAUGUGGUUGGCCGGGAAAGGCCGAUUUGAGGAAUGCGAGAAAGCGUUCAGAGCUCUACGCACUCCGGGGGAACCGGCCGAAAAGGAAUUGAAGCUUCUGCUCGCCGUCGAGAAGGAAAAGAAGAAACAAUACGCGCAACAGACCGGAAAAACGCCGAUAUUGUUUAAAAUUAUUAAGAACGCUUUAAAACAACGGUAUUUCUGGAAAAUCUUUGUCUUAUCGCUGAUCAUUAAUAUAUACAGAGUGUUCGCCGGACGAAUAUUGUUCAGUACGUUAGCCAUAACGAUACUGCAGGACAUCACGGGUACGUCUGAGAUUCUGUUGUUCACGCUGGUGACCAAUGGCUUCGCAGUGUUGGGCGCCGCCCUGUCUUGCCUUCUCUUGCAACGGCUCAAGAUGAGGCAACUGUUAUUCUCCUCGGGGCUCAUAGCCAAUCUUUGCCUCAUCGCUUUCGGCCUCGUCCUCUUCUUGAAGCCCGACAAAGACGACACCUUCAAUUGGGUGAAAGUCUUACUUCUCGCGUCUUAUUUGGUGAUAGUGGGCGCCGGGCCGUAUCCGGUGUUAGAAUCGGCCCUAACGGAGAUAAACCCUUUGGAAUUGAAGACGACCUUGAUUUUCUCAAUGGGCAUCAUCACCGGAAUAAUUCAAUUCCUAGUAAUAAAAUUCACCCCGGCUAUGUUCAUCAUUAUCGGGUACUAUGGAGUUUUCUUCAUUAAUGCCAGUGUCAUAUUUUUAUGUCUCGCUUACAUGUGGUUCUAUGCACCGGAAACCAAAGGCAGAACCUUGCAAGAAAUCGAAUUGUUCUUUAAGAAUGAUAACUUAGAAACUAGUAAUAUCCUGCAGCAAGAGCAAAUGAAAGAAUUGUUAGGCAUUGCCAGGACACAGGCAGACGAUACUAUUGUAUAA